AUUUGAUCAUGCUGCUCCCUCUCUAGGUUCUCCAGGCGAUGGGCUACCCAACAGGGUUCGACUCAGACCUGGACCCCAUGAGUUCAGACGAGAAGUCGGUCGGGGAGGGGAAGAGCGAGACGUCAUCACACACGAGCAAUAACCCAACACACACCUCGGACAAUUCCAACGCACUGGAGGUGCGAACUCAGGGUCCGAUACUGACGGCGAGUGGGAAGAACCCCGUCAUGGAGCUAAACGAAAAGAGACGAGGCCUCAAAUACGAACUCAUCUCUGAAAGUGGAGGCAGUCACGACAAACGCUUUGUUAUGGAGGUGGAGGUUGAUGCACAGAAGUUUCGUGGGGCAGGCCCCAAUAAAAAAGUAGCAAAGGCCAGUGCUGCUCUAGCGGCUCUAGAAAAACUCUUCUCUGGUCCAAAUGCAGCUGUAAACAAGAAAAAGAAGAUAUUGCCUCAGCAUGUCUUUGUCCAGACAAAAGGAGUCCUGGCGGCCGCCGCCGCCGCCUCAGCAGUAGCAGCUCAGGUCGCCCGAAGAAGAGGAAGAGCAGCCCUCGCGAGAGGAGCCUUCGUCAGCGCCGCCGCACCAGGAUAUGUCACUCCAGGGCCGACCAGGACAAGGUCAUUUUAGGGAAUAAGGUCCAGUUAACUCUGUCGAUUUUAUAUCAGGUAGAGUAAAUUGAUAAAUAUGAUGCAGUGUAAUAAACACAAACACACAAUCAAGUGAACACACGCACACACCCUGAGGUAAUAGGUUGGACUUUCAUUUUGGACUU